GUAAGUAAUAAUAAUUUUUAUGUUUAAGUGUUAGAUUCCAACGGUGGAUUUAAACCAGGUUUUCUUUACGGAAACAACUUUUGGCUGGGCAGUCGUAGCCAGUGUCUCGAUACAAUGAAUACAAGUCCUCUACAUAUGUCAAAACAAAAAAUAUUAAAUAACACUUUGUAUCAUGGUCCGCAAAAUUUUCCGCCUUUUAAAAUAAAUUAUUUUGCAGCUAAUAUUAGACACAAUAGUGAUAUUCAAUAUCACACAUAUGUAAAUAACGAGUAUGUGAUUACGCUCGGACUCUGUUUACCAGCAUCGUGCACCAUAGAGAAUUUAAGUUUCAUAUUGGAAAGUAUACUUCGUGAUAGAAGUAUCUUCAUCGACGAUCUUUAUUCCGCAAAUUUACAGCUGAUCCAAAUUAAAGAUUUAAAAGACGACAUUAAAUCGCUAUCCUACAGUUCAUUAGGUAUCCUCUGUGUAGUUUUAAUAUUUUCUUUUAUGACAAUAACCGGAACCAUAUACGAUGUCAUCUGGUAUCAAAAGCUUGCAAAAGGAAAUGAGAGGAAUAAAACUAAUGGCAGUAAGUAUGACAUACAAAACUUUUCAUAAAUUUCUAUUUUAAAU